CUAUUUGCGAUUUUGCGUGGUUACAAAAUACUAGAAAAUACUUAAAAUUAUCUAUAUUAUAUAUCUAUAUUAAAUGUAAAAAUCUGUUGGUUAAUCAUGAAUGACAAGGGAUCUAAAAAGAUAUCUUUUAAUAAGUCAUCGUUAUUGAGUUUGAAAGCAGAAUUAUUAAAGAAACAAGAAGAGGUACAUGAAAGAAAGCAUUUGCCUCAGCAUAGAGUUGAACACUAUAAACCUCCAGUUGCCAAGACUAGCAGCAAAAAUGAUAAAGGCCAGGAGAGAAGGACCCUUAAGGACAAUCUUAAAGCAAAUGACUCUGAAGAACUUGAAGCAUGUAGAAAAGCUAAACAGGCAUUAGAAAAAAAGGCGGAGUUGUAUAACCACCUGGCAGACAGUUCUGGCAAUUCAGAGUUGAGUGGUAGAUUUCUGGUGGACUUCCAGUCCAAAAAGCAGCAGGAAUCGGAACAAGAGCAGAGUCCGCCACCAGAUAAUGAUGUGUAUCAGAGUGUUGAAGAUGAUGACAAUGAAUGGACAGAGUUCACGGACUGCCUGGGCCGAACCCGCAAGUGCCUCAAGUCGGACCUCGAGCUGUUCGUCAAGCGUGACCAGGAACUCAUGCGCGCCAUGGCCAGGGAGCAGGAGGGCACAAAGGAUGGAGCUUCACAGAAUGAGGCUCCUCAAGUUGAGAAAUCUCUGUUGAUGCAAAAAACAAAUGACUAUUUGCAGUCGUUGCGUGAAAAAUGGGACCAAAAAGAACGAGAACUACUCGCUAAAGACAAGGACAUACAUUACCAAGAUUUGCUGUUUGAUGAGGCCCGCAUCCACGGCGUGGGCUACUUCUCGUUCAGCACGGACGAGGCGGAGCGGCGCAAGCAGAUGGAGGAGCUGGCGCGCUCGCGCGCGGAGACGCUGGCGGCGCAGCAGGAGGCCGAGCGCCGCCGCGCGCGCCGCGACCGGCUGCUCGCCGCACGCGUCGCCGCCGCGCGCGCCCGCCAGCGCGCCCGCGCCGGCCUGCCGCCCGAGGAACCCAUCAAAGAAGACGAAAAAGACUUCACGACACAUCUCUUAGAAUUUCUGACGCAACAAAAGGAUGAAGCCGAAGCCGCCGCCAAGGAAAAAGAGAAGAAGCUUAAAGAAGAACAAGAGCGAGAGAGACAAAAGUUGCGAGAGGCGUACGUUCGAGAAUGGGACAUCGGUAAAGACGGUGUCGAAGGAAAACUAAAGAAAUUCAGAGAAAUGACGCAAGAAGAGUAUGUUGAGCAACAGAGAGCGAAAAGGAUAGACGAGUUCGCUCCGGUACAAGGCUCUAGUCGAGACAGGUCAAAUUAUUUCUUCGAUGAUAAAGGUAACAUGGUAUCUUCUGACGGGUCCCCACCUUCCAGAAAUUCACGGUCAGGUGAAAGGCCCAAAGUUAAAACUCCUCCGCCACCCACGUGGUCAGAUGUGAGACCCGUAAGAAAUGAUUCACCACCUCCUGUUAUUAGCGAUUUCGAACCUGAACAAAAAGGUUUAUAUUUUACGAGCAAAAAAUCUAUACCUAAACAUAACGUGAAGUAUAAAAACUUUGUAAAAACCAGUGAACCAACUCCUAUACAAAAUGAAAUAAGUGACGAUGAAGUUGAAGAACGGCAGAAUGACACGGAGAAACGAAGUCAUGAUUCUAGUCAUGCGCAGAUAGCUCCGCCUCCAACGUAUGAUUACUAUGGGCCUGUGCCUAAAAAAGCCAAGAAUCACAAACCAUUCGAAUCGGAUAUCCGAGAAGCCUAUGCUCAGGGAUCCAAGAGCUUGGAACCUAAGUCAAGCAGAGAACGCAUACCUCCCAAUUAUGACUUCACGUUUGAUUAAGUUUGAAUAAAAAUACUAAUGUAAGUAAAGUGCAUUUUAUUUCAGCAUUAUUGAAAUAGC